CCUGUAGUGUCCACAUGUACCUGCAGUGUGAGUGUACACAUGUUGUUAUAUGUUAAAAGAGGAAUAUUAAAGAGGUAAAACUGCGAUAUGAAAACCGAAGUCCUAUAGCUCGUUAAAGACACUGAUGUGAAGAUGUUGAGUGAUUCUGAGGCUGAAGAGCUGCUCUCCUUCCUGACUCCCGCUACACGUCCUGAUGUCAAAGGUCACUCCACCGGCUACAUCCUGGGGCUGUCCGGAAACAGGGACGGCUGCCGCUUCCUGCGCUCUAAACCUGACAUACUUAAUGCCCUGUUUGCUCUGACGUCCGACCCGUCCAUCGCCGUCGUGAAGGACUGUUACCACAUCUUCAUCAACCUGUCCGCUGACGAGACUCUGCACCAGAUUUUGGUUUCAGAUGUAAAAGUUCUUCCAGUGUUGUUAAAGAAGCUUCUGGAUCCAGAGUACAUUUUCUCAGAUCAGAUCUGCAAAAUCCUGUCAAACCUGACCCGCCAUGGCAAGACCUGCAAGACUGUGUUCAAGGUCCUGCAGGAGGACGUUGGUCUCGCUCAGCUGGUGGAAAUCUUCUGCACUCAAGGUUUCAACAAGAAGGCGAACCUCCACUACCUGAGUCCAAUGCUGUCCAACCUGACGCAGCUGCCCGAGGCCAGAGACUACAUGAUGGACAAAGACAGAUGUGUAAUCCAGAGGUUGCUUCCCUUCACUCAGUACCAGGAGUCAGUGGUGAGGAGGGGUGGAGUCGUGGGGACGCUGCGCAACUGCUGCUUUGACCACGUGCAUCAUGAGUGGUUGCUAAGCGACGCUGUGGACAUCCUGCCCUUCCUCCUGCUGCCGCUGGCCGGUCCAGAGGAGCUGACGGAGGAGGAAAAUGACGGUCUGCCUGUGGACCUGCAGUACCUGCCCGAGGACAAGAAGAGAGAAGAAGACCCCGACAUCAGAAAGAUGCUCCUGGAAACACUUUUACUGCUGACGGCGACUAAAGCCGGCCGUGACGUAAUGAAAGCAAAGAACGUUUAUCCGAUCACGAGAGAGUUCCACCGCUGGGAGAAGGACGUCCACGUUUCGGCAGCCUGCGAGAAACUGGUCCAGGUGCUGAUCGGAGACGAGCCGGAGCGGGGGAUGGAGAACCUGAUGGAGGUGGAGAUUCCUGAGGACGUGGAGGCGAAACUGAAGGAGGCCGACGCCAAAGAACAGGAGGAGCUGGAGAAGGAGCAGGAGAAGAUGAGACAGGAGGAGGAGGAGGAGAAGAGGAAGAGAGAUGCAGAGGGGACAGAGGAAGGAGAGGCGAGCGGACUGAUGCGAUAAAGACGUGGCUUCAUCUUCUGUUUCUGUUUAAGUGACAGUUUAAUUACGUUCGUUAGAGCUUUAUUGAGACAUGACAGAGAGCCGCGGCUCUGUGAUGCUGGUCAGCUGAUCCACAGAGGGAGCGAUGUCACUGCUGGAGAACAGCGAGGAGUUCAAAAGUGAGUAGAAAAAUGAAA